CUAUAGCUGCGUAUGAUGUGCUCCUCAUCACAUGACUGGGUACCACGCUGCAUCCAGAAGCAGCUCUUUUGCUGGAUGUAUAAGUAGCAGAGCAUUUUGAUUGGUGGCUGAGGGAGGCCUUAUUUGAAUAACAAUUACUGCUGCAACGCAUGACACAUCUGUGUCGAAGCCAUAAGGUACCAGCGAGCACCUGUCCCCAGGAGAGCGAGGCUCCUGUGUGUGCACCGUGGAGAUGAGAUGCCCGGCUCAGACCGAUGGCUUCAAAUGACAUAAACAAUGAGGAUGUCCCCAAUAAUCUCCAGCCCGGGGACCUGAUUGAAAUUUUUCGACCAGCAUAUCAGCAUUGGGCACUAUACCUUGGUGAUGGUUACGUCAUCAACGUGGCACCUUUGGAAGAGAGCACCGCUGCUUCAUUUUCAAGUGCAAAGUCUGUCUUCAGUAGAAAAGCCCUUGUGAAAAUGGAGCUGCUAAAGGACGUGGUGGGAAAUGACACUUACAAAGUGAACAAUAAGUAUGAUGAUAAAUACACCCCACUUUCAGCUGAAGAAAUAAUCCAGCGGGCUGAAAUUCUUAUUGGCCAAGAAAUAAGUUAUGAUCUAUUGGGGAAUAAUUGUGAGCAUUUUGUGACACUUCUUCGCUAUGGAGAAGGCGUAUCUGACCAGGCAAACAGAGCUAUCAGUGCUAUUGGAUUCGUAACAGCAGCUGCUGGAGCUUUCUCGCUUCUGGGAAUGUUUCAAAAUAAAUCAAGACAAGGACAAUACUGAUGAAGAACAAAAAGACUUGUAAACAAAUGACUGGGACAAAAACAUUUUUUUUUUACUAUUGUACUGAUUCGAAAUACUGCAUUACUGGAAAUAGCUUGAAAAAUGCAGCUGUCUUGAACUAAAAGCACAAUCCUUAUCACUUGAAUCUGAUGCGUGUUUGAUUAUUUUAUUUUGUAUCUCAUUAUAAGCUUUGCCAUUUCCUCUUUCUAAUAAAUAUGACAAUAUAAGGCCCCAUGUACACAGGGUGUUAGCUAACAUUUGUAAAUGCUUAAAGAAGGGUUUAGGCGUGCUUAGGCACGUCAAGCGUUUGGGUGUUAUUUAAUUUAAUUGGCCAGAAUUCUGGCCAUUGAAAUGAAAUAACAAUCAAGCAUUAGACAGCCUAGCAUUUAAAUGCAUUUAGACAUGUUUACAUGAGUCAAGAGUUUUUUACUGCCAAAACUUAGCUGUUCUUGGAUGCUUCAACUAUUUUUUUUCUGCGUCUAAAUGCCCCUGCCUCUAAACUCCUCUAAAUGCCGAUGUAUGCAUGGACACAUAAGCCAAAAAAAAAAGGGGGUGUUUAGGGGCAGCAAAAAUAAAGCCAGACACGCCUAAAAGCAACAUUAAAAUGUUGUAUAUGCAUAGGCCCUAAAAGCAUAGUGUGAUCGUUAAUUUUAUGAAUAGUAUUUUUUACUUAAGUUUUUGUAAGCAUUUACUCUACAAGAAUACAUUGCACACAGUGUAGAAUGUUCAAUGUUAGUUUUUGUCAUGGUGGAUCAUUAAGAACAUGGAAUGUUGUAUGUAGGUGUGCAGCAAUCAAGGAACUAGGACUAACUGGUAUAGAGUUGUUUAAAAACACAGUAGGAAAGUUGACAUGGUAUGCAGACUAUUGGUAAUCCUCAGGGCACUUUGCAAGACAUCAAGUAACAUUGCAGUAUGUAGACAAGGUUUUUCUUAAAGCCGAAUGUAGCUUGAUAUCAUAUGUGUGUUUCAGUUAUGUAAUUGCUGAAUGAUUUCAUUAAAAGAUCAGAUUGUGUCACAAAAGUAUCAAGAGGGAAA